AUGUUAUUACCAUCCGAAAGGACAGGUCACUCGAGGUUUGCUAUUCCUAUCCAAGUUAAUGAAGAUUCAAUUUGCAAUAUAAAGCAUCAUUUGCCAUUAGAUCCUGUUACUGUGAUUGUGUCAGCUAUUUAUGAUGACUUGCUACAGAACCUGGAUAGCAGCAGCUACUUUAAUGACAGGGCUAUAUUGGCCCCCACUAGUGAGAUUGUCAACCAAGUUAAUGAUUAUAUGUGUUUGUUGUUGCUUGGUGAUUCAGUGGACUAUCUGAGCUAUGAUUCUGUUUACAAAUCAUCCCAAAACAAUGAUGGAUUUAAGGAUUUGCAUACAACAAAGUUUUUAAAUACCAUUAAUACUUCUGGUAUGCCUGUGCACAAGUUAACGUUCAAGGUUGGGAUGCCAAUCAUGCUCUUGAGGAACAUUGAUCAAGCUUCGGGAUCAUGCAAUGGAACUUGA